CAUCGAUAGAAACAUGUACGCAGGCCGCCCCUAUACCCAGCAACACAACCACCAGUAUCAACCUCCACCUCCUGGCUAUGGCAGUCGUCCCCCUCAUCAUUCGCACCAUCAAGGGGGAUUCGCGUACCAAACACCACAAGGACCCCCUGCAGGUGCAGACCCACAGCUGUGGCAAUGGUUUACCGCCGUCGAUGCAGAUCAUUCGGGGUCUAUCAGUGUCAAUGAGCUUCAAACAGCGCUUGUCAAUGGGAAUUGGUCGAGAUUUGACCUUGACACUGUGAAGAUGUUGAUGGGCAUGUUUGAUGUCGAUCGUAGUGGAACGAUCAACUAUACAGAGUUCGCUGGUUUGUGGAAGUACAUAUCGGACUGGCAGAACGUAUUUCGGCACUUUGAUCGGGAUCGAUCAGGAUCCAUUGAAGGUCAUGAGUUGACUGAAGCUUUUCGAAGUUUUGGCUACAAUUUGGCUCCAUCGCUACUGACACUGGUUGAACACAAAUACGCCCAAGCAUCGGAGCCUUCAGUCGGAUAUGGACCACCCCCAGGCAUAACGUUCGACCGGUUUGUGAGGGCUUGUGUUGCGGUUAAGUCAUUGACGGAAGCCUUUCAACGCAUAGACACCGAUCGCGAUGGGUGGGUUCAAAUUAGUUAUGAACAGUUUAUGAGUAUCGUGCUCGCUGCACCUUGAACUGAACAUUCAAUUUCAACCCUUUUUUUUGUCGGAUCGUCAAACCUCUUGAGAGGUUAGUGGAGAGGAGCUAUAAACAGGGACAGGAUUGAAAGGCGUGCGCACUUCCGUUGAUGCUUCAUUUGCCGUAUUUUCUUGGUAUUUUCUUCGCAUUUUUUCUACAUGUACGGUGGUUGCGUAAUUAUUUUUCUGGAUAACAACUGGGAUCAAUUGCUGAU